AUGACUCCUCACGCGAUACCCUCGCAGGCAGGGUCUUCUGGCAACAUGCCUUCCCUUUCCCUUCGGAGCGCCUCUUUGCGCACUGGGUCUUUAUCUAAUGCUAGCGACAAUACUACAGCCACAGGUCCAUUCGCUCGCCGAGGGUCCGCCACCCUGGAUGCACUAACAAGGAGUUUGAAGAGGAAGUCUGGGGUCGAAGUUGUUCUGGAUGGCAAAGACGAGUUCGUCCGUACUUACUCCACCUUCGACAAGAUCCAAGGUCAAGUCAAUCUCAACCUGGAGAAAGACACUUUGAUUGGGGAUCUUGUCAUCAGCCUGGAGGGCUUGGCACAGACCUAUGUCGAAAAGCUCGCCACGGCAUCGCCAACAUCAGGCCGCGCAUCAGGAAGACAUACUUUCUUACGGGUGCUACAGCCCAUUUUCCAAGAGUCGUUGCCGGAGAACAUGCUUGCGAAAGCCAAUAUUACCUACACAAUUCCGUUCACUUUUGUUGUGCCGGAUCGCUUGUUACCCCAUAUCUGCUCGCACAAAACUGAACAUGAUGAGGUAAAGGCAGCGCAUCUGCAGUUACCACCGAGUAUUGGUGACCCCAUGCUUUCAGGCACAGGCAACGUAUUGAUGGAUGAUCUAGCCCCUGACAUGGCUAAGAUCAGCUACUACGUCAAGGCACGAGUCAGCAAAGCAUCGCCCAGUACAGGAAAAGUGACGGAUAUCGAGGAGAAACUCGCACGCAUACGCAUCAUUCCUGCUCGUGAAGAAGAGCCGCCACUACCUGUUGAUGAAAACAAUUCUUUCUAUUGCCUUCGUAAGGAGAAGAAUGUCCGCAAAGGCGUUUUCAAGAUUGGCAAGAAACUUGGUCGAUUGACUGCUGAAGUAGCGCAGCCCAAAAGUUUACGCCAGCCUGCGUUCACAAGCACGUCAAAAACACCAGUUACGACCAUGGCGACAGUAACUCUUCGCUUCGAUCCGACCACGGAGCAGGAGCAACCACCACAACUCGGCAGCCUAUCCGCGAAGCUCAAAGCGCACACCUUCUUUGGAGCUGCAGCUUACAAGAUACUGCCAGAGGUGUCCAAGUUCGAUAAUUGGUCAACACUACACGGAAUGUACCCAGAGACGGUCAGUCUUUCCUGCCGGAAUGUCGGCAGUGUAGUAUGGUCGAGGCACGAUCCAGAUAAACGGGAGAAGUCAAUUGCUUCCAGCAGUAGUGGUAUGACAACACUGUCCCGCCGAGAUUCGAACUUCUCUACAUCAUCAUCACACUCUAGCAGCAGCUCAGCCUCAGUACCAAUAGCUUCAGCAGCCUAUGAUUCGUCGUUACCUUUCUACACUGCGAAAGUACUUGUACCAAUAUCACUGCCUCAGGGACCAGAGGCCGAUGAACAUGGUCCUGCAAGCAAAUCAAUCUCGAAGGGCCCGUUGAAGAACAACAAAAGAAUCACCUUUGUUCCAUCGUUUCACACCUGUAUCGUAUCGCGAUCCUAUGCUCUCGAGCUUGGACUUUCCUUCUCCCCUGUCAGUAAUGCUGGCAGUGGCAAGAAUGCGCUCAGUGCGUCUAGCGUGACGCUACGAACACCCAUUCAAAUCUCUCAGGAAGGUUCGUCGCUGCCUCCAAUUGAUGACGAUAGCGGACACUUCAACCUUGGCCUUGUCGAAGGCACCGAUGAGUACGACGAAGCCAUGGCUCGUCAUCUUGACCAAGAACUGAACUUCUCAAACCCUUUCACUGGUGGCAGUAUAGAAGCUAUUCCGGAGUACGAGGAAAUUCAAACCAUCUUUCCACAAGGUGAGACUCGGCACGCGUCGAUUGCGGUCCCUCCCUCUGCUAUUACAGCACGCGAGCAACCACCAGAAUAUUACUCGCCCUUCAGUACUGCAACUGUGGGUAGAGGCAAUGUCGCUGCUGCAGGAGCAGGACUCGGAUUUGUUAGGAGGGUAAGUACUCGGCUACGUUCGUGA